UGUUAACACUGGUCCUCUUACUUAUACAGCAUGUCAAACUGCAUGUAAUCAUGGCUGGGUUGCAUGUUAUUCCAUUAUCGGAUUGGUAGCUGGUACUAUUACUGGAGGUCUUGGUGUUCCCAUUACCGCUACUACUU